AUGGGUGAGAUUUUCUCUGUUAAUUUUUAUGAGGAGUCAUAUAAAAAUCUGGUCUCUGGAAUGGAUGCAUAUUUUCAGGACUUCAAGAAUAGUAUACUCAUGGAGGAAACCAUUGAAUUGAUCAAGUCAAAAUUGUUAACAGGCAAUGUUGACACCAUAAGAACUAUCAUCACUGAUGUAAUAGGAAAAAUUAAUAGUGCCACUGUUAACAUUGCUGUGGUUGGGGAGUCUGGCUCGGGAAAGUCCAGCUUCAUCAGUGCACUGAGAAAUGUUAAGCGUGAAGAAACACAAGUAACUGCCACUGGGAUGAAACAGACAACCAUGGAGCCAAUAGCAUACAAACACCCCAAAUUUCCCAAUGUGGUAUAUUGGGACUUGCCUGACAUUGAAACCACUCAUUUUCAGCCAAAAGAGUAUUUAGAGAAAGUUAAAUUUGGUCAAUAUGAUUUCUUAAUUAUCUUGUCUGCCACACAUUUCAAAGAAAACUAUGCACAACUGGCCAAGGAAAUUAAACAAAUGAACAAGAACGUCUACUUUGUUAGAUCCAAGGUGGACAUCAAUUUACAGAAUGAACACAAAUGUAAUCCAAAGAGCUUUGACAAAGAAAAAGUUCUGCAGCAGAUUCGGGACAACUGUCUACACUGUUUCAGGAAUAGUAAGAUGGAUGAACCCCAAAUCUUCUUGGUAUCCAAUAAUGAUUUAGCUGAUUAUGAUUUCCCAUUGCUGACAGAGACCCUAUUAAAGAAUCUCACUGCCCAAAAGCGUUAUAUUCUUUUACUCUCCCUACCCUGUGUUACUGAUGAGGACAUUGAAAGAAAAAAGAAUUCAUUGAGGCAGAAGAUCUGGCUGAAAGCCCUGAAGGCUGGAUUGUUGGCUACUUUGCCAAUGGGGAGCAGUUUCAGUGAUAAUGACGUCAAGAAUCUGAAGGCCAGAAUAGAGAAGUAUCGGGCCCUCUUAGGGGUAGAUGAUGCAUCACUGCAGAAUUUGGCUCAAAUUUUGCACAUGCCUAUGGAAAAUGUCAAGAAACAAGUUAAAUCUCCAAAUUUGUUGGAAGAAAAAAAAGAUGACUCACUAGGGGACAUGGUUUUCAAGUAUUUAGAGAAGAUCUGCUCAACUAGUGGAGGUCUUCUGGCUACAGGUCUUUACUUUAGAAAAAUCUACUAUAUGCAGUUGCAUAUCCUGGAUACAGUGACCAAUGAUGCGAAAAAUCUGCUUAAAAUGGCAGUUGAAAAAAAGAGGUUGAUUUCUCAACAGGAUAAACUCUCUGAAAAUUGA